GUUAUGUAAUAAUAUGUAUUCACGUUGUGAUGGUUAUUGGGCAUGUGAAGAUGGACGAGAUGAAGAUAAUUGUGGUCACAGUAAAUGCCCAUCAGGAACUCAAGCAUGUGUAGAUCGUUUUAAUUAUACUGUAUUUUGUUUACCUUCUGCACGUGUUAAUGAUGGCAAUGAUGAUUGCUUCGGAGCGUCAGAUGAACAGCAUGAAUGUCGAAGGUCUUAUCCGCCAACUGACAUAUCACCACGCUUUCGCUGCUCAAAUGAUAAUGAAUGUUUAUCAUCAUUUCAGUUAUGUGAUGAUGAACUAGAUUGUCCAAAAAGUCGUGAUGAUGAAGCAGAAUUUUGUGAUAUCUUUCGAUUCAAUUGUAGCAGUUAUUUAAUAAACAAUCGAAAUGAAGUAGAGCAAGUUCUUUGUGGACUGAGUGAACAAGAUAAUCGUCGAAUUCGAUAUUUUUCUGUUCAUACAUCAUCUGACUAUCCAUCGUUAGGAAAUACCGUCGUCAAUGAAAGUUUUUAUUGGCCAAUAGAUCAACCAUCACUUAUAAAUUCCAAUACGUUUAUAAUUAAGAACAGUUCCUGGUAUUGUAAUCGUGGAAUUAUUAUUUAUCCUCGAAGUGAAAAUGAUAGUUUUAACAAUGUAUGUAAAUGUCCACCAAGUUACUAUGGUCAUUUAUGCCAAUAUCAGAAUCAACGAAUUAGUUUAACAUUACACAUGAGUUCAGUUGAUAGGCAUACUACUUAUGCUAUUGUUAUUAUGUUGAUUGAUGAGAUCGAUAAACGACAAGAUAUUCAUUCAUAUGAUCAAUUUGUCUAUAUAACAAAGCAAAGUUGUAGUAUAAAACUAAAUCGAUAUUUAUUAUUUCCAGAACGGCCAAAAAAUAUUUCCCAUAAUUAUAGUAUUCGUAUCGAUGCAUUUGAAAAAACUCGUAUAACAUAUGUUGGAAGUUGGUAUUUUCCUAUUAAUUUUCUUUUCUUACCUGUCAAUCGAAUGGCUAUUUCAUUAAUUUUAUCAAAUCAGACAGUGGAUAAUUCAUCAAAUUGUUUAAAUACUUGCGUGAAUAGCAGAUGUGUAAAAUAUUUAAAUAAGAAUAAAUAUUUUUGUCGAUGUAACUCAAAAUGGGCAGGUACUCAUUGCAAUAUAUCAACAAAUCAUCAAAUAUGUUCAAUUGAUUCCUUUCAUUUGGGAAUUACAUAUAAUCAAUCAAUAUGUAUUUGUCCAUUAAAUAAAUUUGGUUCACGAUGUUUAAUGACAUCAACAUGUCCAAUUGCUGCUUG